ACAUCAGCUCCUGCCACCCAGAGCGCCGCAGCCAGCCAUGGAAGGGGGCUUCUGGAGGAUCCUGCUGGUGGUCGGGGCCGUCUCAGCCUCUGGGCCCUCCCCACCACCACACAAACCGCUGACCUAUGAAGAGGCCGUGGGGUUUGGAGUGGAGCUCUACAACGAGAAAGCAGGGGAAGACGCCCUCUUUCGGCUCCUGGAGGCUGCCCCCCAGCCCGAAUGGGACCCCACUUCUGAGGGCGUCCAAGAGCUGAACUUCACCAUCAAAGAGACGGUGUGCCUGGUGGAAGACGAACGGGCCGAGGGUGAAUGCGACUUCAAGGACGACGGGCUGGUCAAGGAAUGCUCGGGCUACUAUUUCCUUGACAAGAUGCCCGCAGUGGCUGUCCUCACCUGUGAAACCGUGGGGGGAAAGGUGGAGGAGAAGGAGGAGGAGGAGAAGCAUCAGCCCAAACGCGUGAAGAGAUUCCAGAAUUUUUUCCGGAAAUUGGAGGAAGCCUUUCGCAAAUUCUUCAGGAAACACCAGAUUGUCAUCGGUUUUGGCAUCCGCUUCUAAGGGAUGGGUCAGAAGGGCCCGGCCUCAGACCUUCACUCAAAGAACAACAUUUGCAGAAAAAGAUAGCAAUUCCCCAAUUUUUAAGCUUUGCUUUUCCCUCUUAGACCUACUUGACCAGGUUGAGGCUUUCUAAACUCUUGCGAUUGCGCAAUUAGAAUCCCCAGCCUUCUUUCACAUCCCCCCCCCCUUUUUGUGCUGCGAUUCGUCAAGCCAGGAGUGUGUACUGUGUGCAAAUGGCCAGAUAUUGGAGACUCUGUAUUCAGGUGGGGAGGGCGAGGGAUGUGCUGUGGCGUUCAGAAGAGACCUGUUCGGGAAACGGUUUGAAUGACAUUGCAUAAAUAUACGUCAUGCAGCUUUUUAAAAAUGGAAAUAAAUGCUCAAAUGAGGCAGGGCCAGUCUCUUCUUUGCAAAAUGCGACUCUUGUUGAAAGUGAAAUAGAUUUGCCCAUCCCUUUCAGGAAUUCCUUCUCUUUUCCUGUUGGUUGCUUGCCAUCUUUCUCAACAGUUUUAAAAUUUCUUUUCCUUUUAUCCCCCAAUUUCUUUGCUAGGCUUUAUCUCGAUUUGGGGGAAACUUUUCCUAUCCUUUCUAAUUCCCUCUUCUACUGUUUCCUGCCUAAAUGGAUUGCCAGCAGUUUUUCCAUUUCUGAAAGACUGUGCAGCCCCUGACAUCUCUUGGCCGAUAAAAGAAGAUGAAGAAAA